AUGUCUACUUGCUUUUGCUGUGGCAGCUCCAAGCGAAAGAAACAGGAGAAACGUAAUAAUCCACGAAAGGCUCCUACCGCUCCAAAGAAGACUGCCAUACAUAAUCGUCACGUCGUUCACAACAACAACAACAACAACAACAACAACAGUGAUGACGAUGCACAGGCAGUCAAGUAUUGGAGACAAAAGCAAACGCCGCACGAUGGCUUGAACAAUACUUAUGAAAUAUCGAAACAUCCACCGCUGCAUCCAGAGAACGGCAAUAUCUUGCAUCCUUCGGUAACGACGCCGACAAAGGCACCACGCGCUUCGAGGAGCGAAGAACAAGGAUCGACCUUUGAACGAUUCCAACCGACUAUCCAGUGUGGUGGAUUGGUCACGUCGUUGUCACAAGAUGAUGAAAAAAGGCAACAGGGACAAAAUUUACAGAUUGUGUCACAGAAUGAGUCUUUUGAUAGCGGUAUUGGUGGACUGGAUCCUUAUUCUACUCCAACGCGGCCCACCGUCAUGUCCAAUGAAGAGAAACGACUGUUGCAACUGGAUCCUUUUACUUGUCUGGAUACAUCGCUAUUACCCGGUGAUGACGAAUUCAAUGCAUGUAGUGAUACAGACUUCAAAAAGGAAAAAGGAAGGCGACAGGGACAAAGAUCACAAAUCGUAUCCAGCGGAAUGGACGAGAAUGGGUCUGUCGAUAGUGGUAUUGGAGUGGAGCCUUACUCUACUCCAACGAAGCCCAACGUUUUGUCCAAUGAAGAGAAAGAAUUGUUGCAACUGGAUCCUUUUACUUGUCUAGAUGCAUCGGCAAUUCCCGGUGAUGACGACUUUAACGCAUGUAGUGAUAAAGAAUUCAAUGCAUUUGGAACUCCGGCAACCCAAGCUACUGCUCCUCUCUCUCCCAUGGAAGAGGAGGAGGAUCAUCUUUCGGAUAUGGGUAGUGAUGUGAGUUUUGAUACCAAAGAACGAUACUUGAAGGCCUGUCGCAUGCUUAAGGAUGGCCUAGUCAACAAACGUCUACAUAAGAGUGACCAAGAAUUUAUACUGGCGCUACUACGAGAUGCAGAGGCUGCGGGUAUCGGGGAAGGGUCUGGAAUGGACACCAAACAGAUAUCAGCACUAGAAACGGCGGCUUCUAGACUCGAGUCAUUGCCAAAUACCACAGCCCAGUCGGCUCCUCCUACGAAGGCAACCAAAACGAAAAGGAAAAAAGGUGGUCUGCUAUCUUGUGGGCCAAAGAAAAUUGAAGAGGUCCAAGAGCCAUCGGAAUCGGCCUUUCCGGAAGUGCCUAUAAUACCGAAACAACGACAAGACAAGGGUCUAGUGCGAUUUGAUGGAUGGGCGGCUGCCAAUGCGGACAUUGAAUAUCCUUUUCAAAUAUUAGGAGCAGAACAGCAAGAGGAAUUGGAACCUCGAGUGCUGACUCCCCGCAUAAUGGAAGCCAUGCGUGGCUUUUUUCCUUUCCGGGUUUCCGAGUCUAACUUUUGGUUGAAAUUUAGUUUGGUGCGGGAUGGGGCUUCUCUUGCGACACUGCUGGAAUCCAUCAAAGCAUCCACUUAUACAAUCAUUGCAGUAGAAACUACUCACGGGGAAGUCUUUGGGAGUUUUAAUGGGACGCCAUGGAAGAGGCACACGAAAUGGUUUGGGAGUGGGGAAGCCUUUUUGUGGCGGUUAAAAAAGUCACGCAUGACGACGGAGGAGCAAGCCCAGGAAGCCGACUUUGAAAACGAGAUGGAAGUAUUUCCGUUUACAGGAUAUGAUGACAUGGUCCAAUAUUGCACCUCCCGGACAAUUGCUGUAGGAGGGGGAGAUUGGUUGGAUCAUGAGUUUCCGUUUGAGAAUGAGCCGCGGGGGAUUGGAUUUAUGCUCGAUGGAGAUUUGGCUGGUGGUGAAACCAAUUCUAGUGCAACCUUUGCCAAUCCUAGACUGUGCAAAAAGACUACCUUGAGUAACGAGUUUGCGAUACAGAACAUGGAGGUCUGGACGCUGACGCCCUUUGACAACGAAGAAGAGGCGGCCCAGUUGGAAAUGCACAAGCUCUUUCUCGAUUACAAUGCUCGAAAGGGUGUAGUUUGA